ACUAUGCCUUUGGCGUGUGGGCGGGACUUCCUCUUAGACAACUUCCGGUGGUGUCCGGAAGUCGGAGCUUUCCCCUUCCUUGCCGGUUAGUUUGCAGGCUUUCUGCGUGGGUCGCCUUGUUUUAGUUCGGGAGGCGCCUGUGGGCUGCCGUGCUCCGCCCAUGGCGGGGGCUGCACCGGCCACGGCCUUCGGGCAAGCGGUGAUCGGGCCCCCGGGCUCGGGGAAGACCACGUACUGCCUGGGCAUGAGUGAGUUCCUGCGCGCGCUCGGCCGGCGCGUGGCGGUCGUGAACCUGGACCCGGCUAACGAAGGGCUGCCUUAUGAGUGUGCCGUGGAUGUGGGCGAGCUGGUGGGGCUGGGCGACGUGAUGGACGCGCUGCGCCUGGGGCCCAACGGUGGCUUGCUCUACUGCAUGGAGUACCUGGAAGCCAACCUGGACUGGCUGCGCGCCAAGCUCGAGCCCCUCCGAGGCCACUACUUUCUCUUCGACUGCCCCGGCCAGGUGGAGCUCUGCACGCACCAUGCCGCCCUUCGCAGCAUCUUCUCCCAGAUGGCACAGUGGGACCUCAGGCUGACAGCGGUCCACCUUGUAGAUUCUCACUACUGCACAGACCCAGCCAAGUUCAUCUCGGUACUGUGCACCUCCCUGGCCACCAUGCUGCACGUGGAACUGCCCCAUGUCAACCUCCUCUCCAAGAUGGACCUUAUUGAGCACUAUGGGAAGCUGGCCUUCAACCUGGACUACUAUACCGAAGUCCUGGACCUCUCCUACCUGCUUGAGCACCUGGCAUCUGACCCUUUCUUCAGUCACUACCGUCAGCUCAAUGAGAAACUAGUACAACUCAUUGAAGACUACAGCCUGGUGUCCUUUAUCCCUCUGAACAUCCAGGACAAGGACAGCAUCCAGCGAGUCCUGCAGGCUGUGGAUAAAGCCAAUGGUUACUGUUUUGGGAUUCAAGAGCAGCGAAGCCUGGAGGCCAUGAUGUCCGCUGCGAUGGGAGCUGACUUUCACUUCUCCUCCACUCUGGGCAUCCAAGAGAAGUACUUAGCAUCCCCGGACCAGACAGCCGAGCAGGAAGCCAUGCAGCUGUAACAGCUGGGCCUGGGUCACGGGCAGCUGGAUAUGGACCCAAAAGCUGCAUCCAGCCAGAGCAGCUGGGAGGAAGCAGCCAUCCCUGCUGAGGUCUUCUGGAUAAAAAGCCCCCUCGUCGGUGUCUUCAGACUCGCCCUUCCCCCACGGAAUGCUACCUAAAUUGAGGACUGGCUCUCCUUAGGCUAUAGUGGGAUGUACAAUGAUAUGAGAUUAUUUUCUAUUUUUUGUGUGCUUCAAACUUGUCUCAAACCCUUGGGAACCAAGGAUUCGGAGCAGAACAAAGGAAUGUCUCUGUCCCUGCAAAUAGUCCUAUUUCUCUGUUUUGUUUUAAUUACAUUUAAUGUUUGUGCACAAGUGUGUGUGAGUGGGCAGGUAUGGGAAUGGAGGAGGGGAUAGGUCGUGUGAGAUGCUUCUCUCCUGCGUUCUGGGGUUGAACUCGGGUUAUGGGACUUGGUGACAGGUCCAUCUAUCUGCUCCAUCUCAGCAGCCCAGUGUGUUUCUUCACUCAGGGUUCACACAGCCUCAGCUCAGGUAGGUGUGUGUACACAACUCUCCUGUGAGUUGUUCAUUCUUCAGUGCCAACAGCUUUAAGCUCAGGCAUCUGCAGGUGACUCUUCCUCCCCAGACCUUAUUUAAUACUUUAUUUUUAUCCUAUGAUUUACAUGGUUUUUGCCUAAUUAGUCAAAGUUUGAAAGAUUAGCCAGACAGUGGUGGAACAUGUCUUUAAUCCCAGUACGUGGGAGGCAGAGGAAGGUGUUCAAGACCAGACUGGCCUACAGAGAAAGUUCCAGGACAGCCAGAGCUACACAGAGAAACCCUGUCUCAAAAAAUCAAAAAGGAAAGGGAAAAAAAAAAAAAAGAUUAUGAUGACUAACUCAGUAGCUAGCAUGCACAAAGUGCCAGGGUCAAUCCCCAGCACUGCCAAAAGAUAAAGAUUACUUCAAAAA